CAAUAUCGAGAAUUGUCGGCCAGCAUAGAAGUUGUCCGUCAUACCAAUUUGAAUCCACCAACCUACUAUUCUAUCCAGCACGAUUGAUACUUAGUAUUGGUUGUCACCUAACGACUGAAUCCUUGAGCACGACAACGUCAUCCCCCACCGAUCUCGAAAUUAUAAUCCACACAUCGUCUCUCCAACCUUCUUCUCUCUCACGCCCAUCGGCUACCACCAUGGCAUCAUACUCAACCGCCAGCGAGGCAUUCGCCCGCGAGAAGCUCACCCCAGCGAGCGAUGCAUCCACACCCCAGUCGGCCUGGGCCAACAAAUACCGGGGGACCCACCCCCGCCCUCUCCGUCUCCCCGACGACCCCAUCUCCUCCGCCAUGCUGACCGCCUACGAACGCGACUACACGCACCUAACGGUGAUCUCAUCCACGAAGCGCUCCCUCCUCGGCUACCUCAGCAUGCCGCGCCUCAAGGCCCUCCUGAAGGACGGCUCCGUCAAAGAAUCCGACAGCGUCGCGACCGCCAUGCAGCGGUUUAACCGCAAGCGCGGCACGUACCAGGUGAUCACGAUGGAGACGCCGCUGGAGGAGCUGGAGCGGUUCUUUGAGAGCGAGGCGGGCGUGGAUGGGCAGGCGAGGGGGAAGCAGUCGUUUGCUGUUGUUACGGAUGCGUCGAGGAAGUUUGUGCUGGGGGUGGUUACUAGGGAGGAUUUGGUGGAGUUUGUGAGGAGACGGCCGACAUAA